UCUAUUUUCGCUCAGGAGAUCGGAAAAGUGAUUUAGAAGCUCUGCUCAGAGUGUUCUAUCUGCUCAGACAUAUCUCCGUCUCUGGGAAAGCAGAUCGAGAGCGAAAGCAAAGACCUGCAAAGCCUCUUCACCAAACCCCAGCAUGGCCACCAUUACCUGUACUCGCUUCACCGAUGAAUACCAGAUGUUUGAAGAAUUGGGAAAGGGAGCUUUCUCAGUCGUGCGAAGGUGUGUGAAAGUGAUGUCAGGGCAGGAGUAUGCGGCCAAGAUCAUCAACACCAAGAAGCUCUCCACCAGAGAUCACCAGAAAUUGGAGAGAGAAGCUCGGAUCUGCAGAUUGCUAAAACACCACAAUAUUGUCCGUCUUCAUGACAGCAUCUCGGAGGAGGGACAUCAUUACCUCAUCUUUGAUCUGGUGACAGGAGGGGAACUCUUUGAAGAUAUCGUAGCCAGAGAGUAUUACAGCGAAGCGGACGCCAGCCAUUGUAUUCAGCAGAUCCUGGAAGCGGUGCUGCACUGUCAUCAGAUGGGGGUUGUUCAUAGAGAUCUCAAGCCUGAGAACCUUCUGCUGGCAUCUAAGUCCAAGGGAGCAGCUGUGAAGCUGGCCGACUUCGGCUUGGCCAUCGAGGUUGAAGGGGACCAGCAGGCAUGGUUCGGCUUUGCCGGUACCCCUGGAUACCUGUCACCCGAAGUCCUGCGGAAGGAUCCAUAUGGGAAAGCGGUGGACCUGUGGGCAUGUGGUGUAAUAUUAUACAUCCUGCUGGUGGGCUACCCCCCCUUCUGGGACGAGGACCAGCACAGGCUCUAUCAGCAGAUCAAGGCCGGAGCUUAUGACUUCCCCUCUCCUGAAUGGGACACCGUCACCCCCGAAGCCAAGGACCUUAUCAACAAGAUGCUGACCAUCAAUCCGACAAAGCGAAUCACUGCUUCUGAGGCCCUCAAGCACCCAUGGAUCUCACACCGCUCCACAGUGGCCUCCUGCAUGCACAGACAGGAGACGGUGGAAUGCCUGAAGAAGUUCAAUGCACGCAGGAAGCUGAAGGGUGCUAUUCUUACCACUAUGUUGGCAACACGAAACUUUACAGGAGCUAAGACCGUAGCCAAUAAGAAGACUGAUGGCGUGAAGGAGUCUUCGGAAAGCAGCAACACGACCAUCGAGGAUGAAGACACCAGAGUGAGGAAACAGGAGAUCAUUAAGGUGACGGAGCAGCUCAUUGAAGCCAUAAGCAAUGGAGACUUCGAGAGUUACACGAAGAUGUGUGACCCGAGUGUCACGGCUUUCGAACCCGAGGCCCUGGGAAACCUGGUGGAGGGCCUGGAUUUUCACCGCUUCUACUUUGAGAAUUUGUGGUCAAAGAACAGCAAGCCGGUUCACACCACCAUCCUGAACCCGCACAUCCACCUGGUCGGCGACGAAGCCGCCUGUAUCGCCUACGUCCGCAUCACCCAGUACAUCGACACCAACGGGAUGCCUCGCACCGCCCAGUCCGAGGAGUCCCGCAUCUGGCACCGGCGUGACGGCAAGUGGCAGAUCGUCCACUUCCACCGCUCGGGGUCGCCCUCCGCUAUCGCCAAAUGAGGACGCGAGGUUGAACUCCGGGGCACGAGCAGGAGAUUGCUUGAAGGCAGCGAUCAGCUGACUGGGUCGAUGCUGGGAUAAGGGGGGGGG